UCUGUGGGAUGAUAUGCGUAUAAAAGAUCCUUUGCUUCUAAUGGAAAAAUAUAGCAGUUUUCCGGUCUUAGAAUGUAUGUGUAAAUUGCCAAAUGUUGGCCGAUGAUUAAUGUGUUGUGCGGUCCUUUUACUUUUUUAGUGCGACCUCGUAUCGAUGUACGCUCGUGUGUCUUAUUUUUUCGUGAUGCAUUUUAAUUCGUGAUACGGACUCCUGACCUGUUUUCAUCACGUGAGGAACCUGAACAGAAGCUGUGGUUCUUAUUUUUACCAGGCAAUAUGAGGAAGAGAAAGAAACCCAGGAAAGAUGGCAGCAGCAAGUAUCAGCAGUACUCUAGGCAGGCUGUUGAAGAUGCCUACAAUGCCGUCGUUUUGCACAAGAUGACGGUGUACCAGGCUGCCAAAGAAUUUAAGAUCCCGUACAUGACCCUAUCCGAUAAAAUCCACGGCAAACGGCCUCUCUAUACAAAACUGGGUCGCAAAUCACUUUUGCCAGAGGAAAAUGAGAUAAAAUUUGCCGAACACGUCAAAUAUCUCUUCAGCAUCGGCUACGGCUUCGCAAAAGCAGAUUUCUUACAGAUGGCCACCGAGUAUGCUCUCCAUCUUGGAAAACAUAAUUUGAAAGGUCAGGGUAAGAUUGGGAAAAUAUGGUAUUACAAUUUCCUGAAAAAAUAUCCCGAUGUCAUUUCUGUCCGUCCAUUUAGUAAACAUUUGUGUGUGACGCGGGAGGUGAUAGUGAAAUACUACAAUGACCUUGAGGCACUGAUGGAGGAACACAGGUUUCAGUUACGACCAGAGACAAUUUUUAUCAUGGACAAAGUCGACUUUGAGUUCAAUACUAAACUGAAUGUGACAAUUAAACAAGGGUCAGUUGAUUCCUCGUCUGUGACGGGAUCCAAAUCAACCUCUGUGAUAUUCAUCGGAGCAGGAAAUUACAAAGGUGUACAGAUCCCUGGGUACUUGGUUUUCACUGACAACACAACAUUCGAUUCCAAAUCAGCUCCUGUGCAUUUCUCCGUAACCGAGAAGAGCUGGUUGGGUGGGGAUGUCUUGAAACAUUACUUCUUCAACACAUUUAUUCCAUGUGCUCGAGACAGAGUUAGGAAAAGUAAACGUCACCUCUUGGUCUUGUACGACGCCCACAAAUUCAUCACAUGCCCUGGGGUUGUUGAGUGGUUGCUGGAAAGAAAUAUUGUUCUGUUUCCCCUUCCUCCACAUAUCAGCUUGUACCAGCAUACAAAAACAUUGUCGGUUCUCACAGGAUUUGAGGAUCUAUACAACAAGCAGAUGAGUGUAGUCAAAGGAGACGUGUCAAGAACCUCUCUACCAAGUUUUGUGUCCGAAGUUUCGCUAAAUGUAUACAACAAGGUCACAGACAAGUCAAGUCUUCCAUUGGUCUUCUCUGGGCUGGGAAUCAUCCCGUACAAUGCCUUUGCCUUGAACCGGCCAAUCGUUAACACCAAAGUCAAACAGGCAAGAUGGACAGAGUCUCAGCGAGCCAAGAAAAAGAAGAAACGCCCAGAAAUGGACGAUUCUGAAUCGGAAAAUGAUGAGUCUGAUUCAGAUAUUUAUGAGAAUGAAAUGCGACAGAGAAAACGAAAAGCGAGUGUCGCUUCUAAUGGAGAAUUAGUUAGAAUUAGUGAUCAGUUGGGUGUGCGCAAAUCUAAACGAAAACGUAAGAAAAGGAAAUUUUCUUCAUCUGAAGAAGAAGAUGAAGAAAAAGAUGAUGACGAUGAUGAUGAUGAUGACCAUGGUGAUGAUGAUGACAUUGAUUAUAACAGUGACAGUCAGAAUCGGGUUGUCUCGGGGUACAUCGAUGAUGUCAGCAACUUCAACAUUGUUCCCGAUGAAAGUGAUGCUGUGGAGCUCACGACAAAUAUCGAAGUGAACGAAAACGUGGAUCUGGAAAUUGAAAACAUUGACGGAAGUGUGUGGAUUGAAAACGAACAGAAGUGUUGUGCUUGUCACAGGGUAGAUUCUGCGGAUGGUGCGGCCGUCGGCGAUGUAGCGGUCGUGGACUGGGUGCACUGUGAGAGUUGCCCUCACUGGACGCACCUCGACACAUGCACCACCUCGGGGCAGUUCAUUGAAGAGAAAUAUUACUGCAUACAUUGUAUUGUGUGUGACAAACUUGAUGAAAAGCUUUCAGAGUUCGGACAAAAUGUCUUCCACAGUUUAUAAACAUGCACUACAUCUCAGUUCGGGGCAGUUCAUCGAAGAGAAGUAGUACUGCUUACAUUGUAUUAUGUGUGAAAAAGUUGAUGAAAAGCUUUCAGUUUGUGAAAAAUGUCUUCCACAGUUUAUAAACGGAGCUCUUUACAUUCAUUGAAAUUUAAAUUAAUUUAUUAUGCAACUAACUGUAUAUAGAUUAAAUUUUUUAAGGGA